GGCUGGGACCUGGGACAACUGAGGAAGAUGGUAUUGUGGAUCUGAGCCAUAGCACCUUCUGCCCUCAUGCUAAUGGCAUUGAGGACAUGACAACAUUUCAGAAUGGCUGCGGAAAUGGCACCACUGUUACCUGUAUAGUAAUGGAUAAUAAAGAACCAAGAAGUAUAACUAGCAAUGGGGGAUGCUAUAGCAACAACAGUGCUGAAGAGGAAAUACAAGAUGACCAUCUCAGCCCUUCAAAAAUCAUGCGCUUUUUCUCUACCCCUAGAAAACGAACUACCUCCAACUCAGAAAGGCCUCGUUCUCUGAUUGUGAUGAGCAGCUCUUCAACGUGGAAUGCUUUGUCUUCCAUUAGAAAAAUGGGAUCUUUCAAGAAAUUAAAAUCUUCAGUUCUUCAAGGAAUUCAGGCCAGAGAAAGCUCAGAUGGCUUAAAUGAGAACACUGUGGGAAAACAUGUCUUGAAUGGUGCAGUGGUGAGAGUUCAGACUAACCGGUAUUCUUAUUCGGGGCCUUUACAUGAUUCCCAUAAUGCAGUGGAUGGUUUGGCUUCUGAUUGCUCUGAUGUAGAGGAAAGUGAUGAUUCCUUCCUGAGGAAUACUCACCGAUCACGCAGUAUCAGACGCGCCUAUGGUGUUGGCCGCAUCAAUUUAUUAGACACCGAUAAAAUUCAGAGUCAGCAGAACUGCACGAGGCCAACGUCUCCCAUCACCCAGGAGCCAAAGAUCUGUGAAAUUUUAGUGAAAGAUCCCGAAAACAACAGGAUUAUCUACAGGAGAAGCAAAAGCACAGAUAGCUUAAACUUUCUGAAAAAGAGCUCGUUCAAACGAAAGUCCACCUCAAAUCUCACUGACCUCAAGAUUGCAAGUGAAAAGCAAGUGCCACAAAGGACAGUAAGCACUUCCUCUGCUGACUCCGACAAAACCAGUGGAAACCCAGAGAGACGGUCAAAACGCUGGAAGAGCCCUAUCAGAGCAAAGGAUUUUGACAGAGUUCUGAAACUUGUAAGCAAUGUUACAGAUGUUGCAUGGAAGAAAGAUGGUCCUAUGAGCACGACGACUCCUCUGAACGAACAAAACCAGAGAACAAGGCCAAACAGCAGACUACAUGACGACUACUCCCGCAGGGUUUCUAGUAGCAAUGAAAAUGACAGACGGAGGUGCAUUUCCCCUGUGUGCAGUCCAGAUUCUACCUUUUCUGGAACUCCGCAUCUUCAUAGUCCAACUGUUUCUCAGGAUACAGACACUGAAACAAAUGUAUUUACUGGUGAGGCCAACAGCUUCAGGACAUUAUCAUGUGUCUUAGAUGAUGUUCGUUCCUCACACGCUUUUAACAACUUUAGUGCACUUCCUAAUGAAGUGUUUUAUGUAGACUCUGAUGAACCAAAAAGUACCAGCCAGUUUACGUGUGAAUCUGAGCAGCCUAGCAUUCCUCUUAGGCCCACUGCCCCUAAACCUCAGAGCCCCAGUGCUGAGAAGGUCAAGUGCAAUAUUAAUUUCCAUUGCCCGGAUCGUCACAGUACAUUGUCACUGAGCUCAAUGGAAAGCGAGGAAAGAGUUGAGUUACCUGCUCCGAAGUUGGGGAGAAAUCCUGUUUGCCUCCAGGACUCAGUGCAAACUGGGUACUAUGAUGAUGGAAAUGAAGACAGUGGCAUAAGCAGCCACUCUCAGCUGAGCCUCAAUUUAGCUUCUGGUACCGAAGAAAAGAAGGAAGAGGUUGUUAUUGAUGACCAGUGGAGGAUGUCCCCAUCCCAGGAUGAAGAAAGGAUAGAUGCACAAAAGUUCACUCCCAGAAGAUGGGGCUCUGGAAAAAGAUCUCGGCCAAGGCCACUCUCAGACUAUGGUCAGUUGGCAAUCAGGAGUUUCUCAAUACCAGAAGAUUCAGUUGCAGUGGAGUCUCAGAAAACAGACUAUGUAGAUGGUGAAAGUCAGCCUGGAUUGGCUUCUGUGGAGUCUACAGCUCAAAUCAGUACAGUAGGUCUCCAAAGAGGGCGAAAACAAAGACCCAUCUCUGUAAUAGGUGGGGUCAGUUUCUAUGGGAGCAGCCAGACAGAAGAAAUAGAAGAUCUGCUGACACAACCAAUAACACGGCCUCCUGUUCCAGCCCACCAAGUUCCCCCAUAUAAAGCUGUUUCAGCCAGGUUCCGGCCCUUCACCUUUUCACAAAGCACCCCCAUUGGCCUGGAUCGAGUGGGACGGAGGCGGCAAAUGAGAGCAUCUAAUGUUGUUACAGAUGGUGAAACUGAAUCUUCUGCCUUAGUUGAUGACAAUGGUAGUGAGGAGGAUUACAGUUAUGAGGAGCUCUGCCAGCCCAGCCCUAGAUACCUGCAGCCUGGAGGGGAACAGCUAGCAAUUAAUGAGCUAAUAAGUGAUGGCAGCAUGGUCUAUGCAGAGGCACUGUGGGACCACGUGACUAUGGAUGAUCAAGAGCUAGGCUUUAAAGCUGGGGACGUCAUCAGAGUCCUUGAAGCUUCCAACAAAGACUGGUGGUGGGGAAGAAAUGAAGACAAGGAAGCCUGGUUUCCAGCUAGCUUUGUCAGGCUACGAGUUAAUCAGGAAGAACUUGGAGAAAAUUGUGGUAGCAUCCAGGAUGAAGAGCAACAUGCAGAUGCUAGCAAACAUCGCCAAAAAAUUGCUGAAAACAAGGAUCAGAUGAGAACCAAUGUGAUACAAGAAAUAAUGAACACGGAGAGAGUCUAUAUCAAACAUCUCAAGGACAUCUGUGAGGGAUAUAUUCGGCAGUGUCGUAAACAUACAGGAAUGUUCACCAUGGCUCAGUUAAACACCAUUUUUGGAAACAUUGAAGAUAUUUACAAAUUCCAAAGAAAGUUUCUGAAAGAUCUUGAGAAACAGUACAACAAAGAGGAACCUCAUUUAAGUGAAAUAGGAUCCUGCUUUCUUCAACAUCAAGAAGGUUUUGCCAUCUACUCAGAGUAUUGUAACAAUCAUCCCAGUGCCUGCCUUGAGCUUUCCAACCUAAUGAAACAGAGCAAAUACCGUCACUUCUUUGAGGCCUGUCGCCUGCUUCAGCAGAUGAUUGACAUUGCUAUUGAUGGCUUUCUCCUUACACCUGUUCAGAAGAUCUGUAAAUACCCUCUUCAGCUUGCAGAGUUACUCAAAUAUACUACCGAAGAGCACGGUGAUUAUAACAAUAUACAGGCAGCGUAUGAGGCCAUGAAGAAUGUAGCAUGCCUCAUCAAUGAGCGCAAACGAAGGCUGGAAAGCAUAGACAAGAUUGCACGCUGGCAAGUAUCUAUUGUUGAUUGGGAGGGGCAGGAUGUUUUAGCCAGAAGCUCAGAACUGAUCCACUCGGGCGAACUGACCAAAAUCUCAAAGCAAGGCAAAAGCCAGCAGAGGAUUUUUUUCCUUUUUGACCAUCAGCUUGUGUUCUGUAAAAAGGACCUGCUGCGACGGGACAUGUUAUAUUACAAAGGUCGGAUUGAUCUGGAUGAGAUGGAACUUGUGGACAUUGAGGAUGGCAAAGAUAAGGACUUUAACAUUAAUAUCAAGAAUGCUUUCAAAACUGUGAAUAGAGCAACAGAAGAGGUUUAUUUGUUUUGUGCAAAAAAACAGGAAGAUAAGAAAAGGUGGCUGGAGGCAUGUGAAAAUGAAAGGCGAAGAGUGCAGGAAGACAAAGAAAUGGGAAUGGAAAUCUCAGAAAAUCAAAAGAAACAAGCCAUGCAAAAUGCGAGAAAAUCAAGGCAUGGAAAAAUUAAAGGUAUAAGUUAUAAUGGAUGUCCCAUGCCUCCUCCACACCAGAGUUUACAUCCUAUUCAUCAACGCCACAUCACUGUCCCCACCAGCAUUCCACAGCAGCAGGUCUUUGCCCUGGCAGAACCCAAACGAAAGCCAUCCCUUUUCUGGCACACCUUCAACAAACUUACCCCAUUCAAGAAAUGAGAGGGCCAAAGUCAUUGGAAGGACGUUGGCUGAAGGAGAGAUGUCUUCCUGAGAAGAACCUUUGGGACGUAGUUGAACAUGUUUGAGCCGGAAAACCAUUAAUUCUCCCUUUUGGAGGUAAAGACCUAGCUCUGCCUGAGCCAAAAACAUCACCUUUGUCUAGAAGGAAAAUGAAGUUCAUGAGGUUCUAUGAUGAAGAAUCCAGAUGGUUCUGAAGUAAAUGUUGACAUGCGUCAAUAAGCAUUGCUAAUGAGGAGCACAUCACUUGGUGACGAAGGCAAAUUGCUGUUAUUCUAUAGUAGCAGCAUCUAAUCUCUCUUUUUAGUCGCACUGCAUUAAUGGUAGGGUCAUUUGAACAUUUCAUUUUUCUUAAUAGUGAAUUGAUGGCCAAAUUUAGGAUUAGGAAGGAAUUCUUCCCUCAGGGCAUAUUGGCAAGGGACUUUAGGAGAUUUUUCUCUUCCUUUGGAUCACUGAGCAGGGGUCAUCCAUCAGGAUCAGGUGAGUGAAUCCCACCUGAUUUAACUUGAUGUGGAUGCAGAAACUAGUGGACCUUAACACUUCCUGUCUUUUUCAAUGUUUCUUUACAUUUGCCAAAUGGCAAUAGGAAGUCCCGCAAGGCCUUAUCUUCUAGGUUAGAACAGAGAAAUUUUUUGACUCCAUAUUAUGGAAAAUGAACAAAAAAGACUGCAAGGAUUUAUGUAUUUACUGCAUACAAGGACUGGAAAGAGGAAGGACCCACCAAAUGAUUCUUUCCAACCAAGGCACCAUACUGCAUUCUUGUAUGCACUUCCAUAUACAUUUCAUUUCUUGCCCAUACCUCUUAUCCUGUGACACUCUUCUCUGUAAUUCCAGUAUGCCUGUGUUUCAGUAUAAAAACUAAAGUGUUUUUUUAAUCAAAUGAAGAUAAUGUGAACAUACAAAAAUGCAAAGUUAAGGAACCAUGAGAGACUGUUGGCACUAGAUAGCUUUGGUUAUAUAAUUCACACUUUAACUGGAAAGUUGUAUAUGGAUGGAAUUUAAAGUGUAUGAACUGUAACAAAAGUUUCCGUCAAGUUCCUGAAGCUGUCUUUGAUUCUGAGCCUCUUACACAUCAGUCAAGUGACAGUGGGUUUUUAUUACUUCAAAAUGUUAAAGAGAAGAUGCCACCAGUAUGGACAAAAGACGGUGGUGGAAUCAGAAAUGGGCUUUGACUGAGAACCAUCAGUUUCUCUUGGAGAAGGAUGACUUUUUUUUUUUUUUUUUUUUUUGCGCUAAGGUCAGCUCUGGCCAGGAUCUGUAAUAUAUGGUUUGAUUUGAAAGAAUACCUUUAAAAAAAAAUCCAGUAUGAGAAAAUAGGAUCUUGGAACUGGCAGCACUGAUCAUUUUUCCCAGUGGUCAUGUGUAGUUCUCAUUAAUGCUAAUGAGAGUUAUUAAAAAGUAUGGAGGAGAGACUCCAUAGGUUUCAGCACUGGUUUGUAAAGGAUUUAUUUCAAAUAUUUUACCAUUACAAGAUUCCUAUGCUGCUGAUUAGGGGCAUUAUCUAAUAAUAAAGGCAGUUCCAGGAGUGUUCUUUGACAAAUGAACAAAAUCUUCUUUGCCAUGAAUGUGUAAAAAUAUGUGAAGAACAAAUAAUAGGUUAAUGGGCAGGCAUCUUAUUGACAAUGUAAAAAGCCUUAUUUUAAACUCUGCUGUUGUUACUCUUUCUAUUUUUACUUGUAGCCAGUCUUGUAGAGUCCAAAAGUUGGAGUGUAAAAUAAUUUAAUAACCAUGGUAGCUUCUACAAAGCAUGAACAAGCUCACUAAGGAUGCACACCAAUAAAUGUUUGUCAAUAGAUGUUAGAAAAAUACUUACACUUCAAUUUUCGAUGGAUACAUACAUGACCUUUUACUAACAAGUGGUUUUAACUUUAAGUGAUGCAUUUUGGGAACAGUACAUUUGAAAUGCCUUCUGUACGUAGCUUAUCAAUAAUUGGGAAGAUCUGCUGAUGUUGAACUGAAUUGUCCAGUGUGUGGUAAACCUUAGUGCUUGUGCUUUUUUCCUAUUUAUUAGUGGAGUGAAAACUUGAAAUGUUUGAGA